AUGAGCAUGUUACCAGCCGGAGCGAAGCCUGACUGGAGGCCCCCAUUUGUCAUCAUGGAAACUACGAUGGGAACAAUAACAUUCGAAAUGUACUGGGACCAUGCUCCUAGAACUUGUCGUAACUUUUCGGAACUGGCUCACAGAGGUUAUUACAACAACACUGUAUUCCACCGCAUUAUUCCAGAUUUUAUGAUCCAGGGUGGAGACCCUACAGGCACUGGCCGCGGCGGGACGUCAAUAUACGGCCCGGUAUUUGAAGACGAAAUAAACGAAGAGAUGAAGCACACGGGUAAGUAAUG